AUGGCUGGAAGAAGAACCGGAGGUAGGGAUGGGAAGACCUAUGCCUUCACCCCUGAGUCCUUUGAUGGAUACAAUCUAAAUGUGGACCGAUGGCUACACCAAUUUAAUGUCAUUAGUGACCUCAACAACUGGGAUGAUUCUACUCAGAUGAAGUUCCUGACUGAGUCUCUUAAAGGAGAAGCCCUGGAUGUCUACACAAGACUUAGUCCAGAGGCCAAAGGUGACUGCGAGGCUGUGAAAGAUGCCCUGGCUGAAGCCUUCCGUUCUGACGCUGAGCAUAGGCAACCUCAUGGCCCCAAGGUGAUUGUAUUUGCCAACAGUAUGGGCAAGGGAUAUUACCUCAAAGGGAAAAUUGAGGGCAUUCCUGUGAGGUUCCUAGUGGACUCUGGAGCCCAGGUGUCAGUGGUCCAUCCAGACUUGUGGGAACAGGCCACUGAUGGAGACUUGGACACCCUCCGACCCUUUGAAAAUGUGGUAAAAGUGGCCAAUGGGGCUGAGAUGAAGAUCUUGGGCAUCUGGGAUGCUACAGUGACCCUGGGAAAACUUGAGAUGGAGGCUGAAUUCUUGGUGGCCAAUGCAAGCGCAGAAGAAGCCAUCAUCGGGACAGACGUACUCCAAGACCAUGGUGCCAUCUUGGACUUCAAGCACCGCACAUGUACCCUGAAAGGAAAGAAGUUCCGCCUUCUGCCUGUUGGAGGCUCCCUAGAAGAUGAGUUUGACCUGGAGCUCAUAGAAGAGAUCUCUGAAAACUGA